AUGUUAUUCACAACUCUUCGACCGUUACGCUCUUCAGCCCCGGCCAGGGGUAUAAUUGAUGAGAAAAAGGAAAACCUUUCUCAAAAUCCUGUGGAUGAUGAUGAUGAUGAUGAUGAUGAUAUCUAUCUAUCUAUCUAUCUAUCUAUCUAUCUAUCUAUCUAUCUAUCUAUCUAUCUAUCCGUGUCUGUUCAGUAUCUCUCUAUCAUUACGAGACGCGGUAGCCUGUGCAAGACCAUCUUAUGUUAUCUUUCUUUCUUUCUUUCUUUCUUUCUUCCUUUCUUUCUUUCUUCCUUUCUUUCCUUCUUUCUUUCAGUUAUAUUAUUCUUUCUUUCUUUUUUCUUUCUUUUAUUCUUUCAGUUAUGUUUCUUUCUUUCUUUCUUUCUUUCUUUCUUUCUUUCUUUCUUGCUUGCUUUCUUUCUUUCUUUCUUUCUUGCUUGCUUUCUUUCUUUCUUUCUUUCUUUCUUUCAGUUAUGUUAUUCUUUCUUUUUUCUUUCUUUUAUUCUUUCAGUUAUGUUAUGUUUCUUUCUUUCUUUCUUUCUUUCUUUCUUUCUUUCUUUCUUUCUUUCUUUCUUUCAGCUGUUAUGCUUUCUUUCGUUCUUUCUUUCUUUCAGUUAUGUUAUGCUUGCUUUCUUUGAUUCUUUUGUGAUUUCAACUCCGACGCUCUUUUUUUUCUUCUUUUAUUCCCUUUUAAUUUUUAUCAUCCACCAUUCUGUUCUUCUUACCAACACUCUCAUUCACUUUUUCCUCCUCCUCCUCCUCCCCAUCCUCACCUCCCCCCUCAUCCCCUCCCACUCCUACUCCCUCUUCUUCUUCUUCUUCUUCUUCUUCUUCUUCUUCAUACCUUCUACAUAUUUUCUUCCUUUGACUCUGCCACUCACAUUUGCAAAAAAAUUGGAACAUGAGAACAACUGA